UCAUGGAACAAUCACUACUGUUGGCCUGGAAAAUGUGAUGAAGAUCUGACAAGAGAAUGCACUUGCGCGCAAGAUUUCAAAAUUAUACAGAAAAGCGGAGAAACGUCUUGUCAGCCAAAAAAUCUACCAUCAAUUUUAACAUGUGGAACGGUUGUAGCGGGCCCGAAUAUGGAAAAGAAACAGGCUAGAAGCAGCAGAAAUAUUACGGAAUGUCGAUAUCUUGCUGAUAUGUAUGGUAACUUCCAGCCGUCAUCAUUCAAAUUUGAUUUCGCAGCGGAGUAUACAGUCAACAUUACAGCCUUUUCGAAUCCGGAUUUUAUCAGCGAAUCAAAGUUUGGUAUAACAGACUUUUCGAUAGAUAUCGUCAAAGUCCUUGUGGAUGGAAGGCGUUCUACUGAAAGUCGUAUCAAUCGUUUAGUGGACAACUCUUCCAGCGUUAAUUGUUCUCAAACACAUUUUGACUCGUAUAAUAUUACCGUUACCUCGGAUAAUAUUACCUUUACCUCUUCUAACUUUGAUCUUCAAGAUGGUCAAGCAUUAUGUCUUCAAUUCCGCGUAGAUGCAGGUGGGUAUCUAAAAAGCAAAAAUAGAAUCACACACAAGAUUUCGGAUGCAGUACCUUAUCGAAAGGUCCAAAACACUCGUCAGCUUUGCUACAAAUAUGAUAUCUCGCCUGCAAUGCACUGCCAAGAAAAGGGAAAUUGCAGUUACGAUCCAAUUCAAUUUAAAAACCGUGUGACCCGAUCUGCAGAUAUCGAUAUUGAUUUUAAGGGUUGGUAUGAUCCGCUUCCACCUGGCGGAAACUCGAUCCAAGCAUCUUCUAUUGAAAGUUAUCAGAUAACGGUAAACGAGGUUACUGUAUCAACAAACAACAUACAGGUUAAUUACCUAUCAAAUGUUUAUACAAAGAAGGUUAAUUUCAAAGAGAAAAGAAUACCGCUGAACCUGACCUCUGAAAAACCUAGAUUAUACUGCGUUACUUUAGAAGUAAAAGAUGUGGCUGAUAAUGUAAAACAAGCACGACGAUUUAUCUUGUAUGACAAUUCGUCUUUUAUUGAAACGCGGGACGAUAAACCAUUUUAUUUUACAUCAGCUUCGAUACAAACCAACUAUAAAUGGCAGACUCAUCAUCAUGACAUAUGUCUUAGUUGGAAAGAUCAUUUUCUCAACCGAUUCUAUUUCGAAAAUCCUUUGCUGAAGCCAAUUGCACCAGCACCACAUGGAUUAGUCACUGGCAUUUAUGAACAAAACGAUGGUAAACUUCCAGUUUCAGGUACUCCAAACGUACAUGGAAUUAUACAGACUAUGGUUUCCUGGACUUUAAAUGAUGGCUCCCCUUCUACAGAGAUCAAAGUGCCAAAUUUUCAAACCCAGACAUUUUGCAAGGACUUAAAAGUGAAAGACGGACAAACGUACACAUUCUUCAUCCGUUCAAUUGAUAUUGUUUCUAACACAUUUAUUGAAAACAGGACAGUUCAUAUUGACAGAUCUGUACCGCAUAUAAACAAUGCUUGGCUCGUUAAAGAUGGGAACAAAGUCCUGUUAGUUGACACUAUGACAGAUGUUUCAAAGCUGUAUUUGCAGUUUGAAGCGCUAGAUCCACACAGUGGCGUUAGACAAAUAGAGUGGGCAUUUGGUAAUACCACCACAGAACUAACUUCAGGUUCUCUGAGUGUAGGAUCUCUGAGAGAAGUAAGCAGAAAUAUAACUAUGAUAGCUAAUUUAAAUAAUUUAGGAAAUAAAAAAAGACUUACGUCUUAUAAUGUAUUCAUAUCAAAGGAAGAUAUAGUUUCGUUUAAUGCUACUAAAACUAGUUCGUUAACUACUGUUUUCAUAUAGACAUAUAAAAACGUUUUUUCUUUCGAUUCAUUAAA